AUGAUUCAUCUUUAUAGCAUCGUAUCAGUUUGUACAUUGUUUAAUCUUUUCUCAACAAGUCUUUGUCUUAAACGAUUGCCGCCAAUUGAAGAAAACAACAUCGCUGCAACAGAAGCUAUAAUUCGUUACACAAUUAAUAAACUUUUUUUACUUCUUAAGCUGAAUGGUAGUGUGAAAGCAAAAUCACAAGACUAUUCCAAGGUACACAAAUAUUUUACGUCACUAACGCUGCAAGAUAAUGACAAUUUAAAGGAAAUUGCAAAACAAACCAGAGUGAGCUACAAAAAUAUAAAUGAAACAGAUUUUAUAGCAAUAAUAAAUGAUGUACUAGCUGAGGGUACUACUGUGAAUGAAAAUAAUGAAGAAAAUGAAAGUGAUGAAAAUGUUACUCAUUAUAUUGAACAGUUCUUAAGAAAAUUACAGCUUUUAAAAGAAAUGUACAGCGUUGAUAAGGUGUACACUAACAUUAAUAUGGAUGUUCUGAAGGCUAUGAAUAAAAACGACAAAUCGUCCAACGUCACAUAUGAUUCAUUUAAGAUUGUUGGAAACAAUACUACUACAGAAGAAAGCGAAUUCUGGGAGUCUAGUGGUCGCAGAAUAUUCAAAGGAGAAAGGACCAAAAUCAAACAUUUUCCAUUUAUGGCAACAAUACAAAUAUUUAAUAACUUUCAUUGCGCCGGAUCCAUUAUCAAGUCAGAUCUUAUAAUCACAGCCUCUUCAUGUUUACAAUUGGCAUAUAAUAAUCGUCUGUUCCGUGAAAACCCAGCGUUUCUGUCAGCUCGAGUCGGCAGUAGCUUUUAUAAUGGUGGAGGUGAAGUUAUAUCUGUGCAAGAGGUUUACUUCCAUCCUUCCUACGAUCCAAAGACUUUGAGGAACAACAUCUGUCUGCUCCGACUAUCACGCCAUUUGAAAUUCAGGAGAAAAAUCAGAAGCGUAAAGAAAAUUGAUUUCGACAGACACGAGUCCACUCUCUCUAUGACUACAUCUGGAAUUACUAUAGUUGGUUGGGGUGCUAAGGAGCACAGUCCGAUAAUCGGUAGUCCAUGGAAGAACAUAAUAUCUUUCGCUGAGUUACAUGUCUAUCCUUUAGAAGACUGUCAGGAUGUUUAUUCCAAAGCUUACGUAACUAAAAAAAACUUUUGUGCUGGUUUUAUAUCUAGAGGAGGAGGCGCCUGCAAUCGCGACGUAGGUGGUCCUGGUAUAGUUGAAAAUAAGCUGAUGGGAAUCAUAAGUUUUGGAUCUCCGGUUUGUGGUUCUCCCGAUAUGCCAACAGUGUUCACGAAAGUGGGAUAUUAUACUGAUUGGAUUGAAGAAAUUAUGGAACAGCCUGUAAUUAUUUCGAAGAAAAGAACUACUCUGAAAUCAGACUUUAAUCCAUUUUUAGAUCAGCCCACUCAUAUUGAACUAGAACAGACUACAUUUAAAAUACCGCCUUUGACUGGUGAAAAAAUGAAGCCAAUACCUAUUACAGAAAUAGAUGGUCAGCUUCGAAUAUCUGAUGAGAAACUAUUUAAAGAAUUCCUAGCCACUAUGUUUAAUAGCCAGGAAAUUGCUGAAUACGAGGACAUAAUAAAUCCAGACAAUAAUGACGUCGAGAUUAACGAUAUGAUAGUCAAUGAUGAAACGGUCUUGAAGGAAGCUACUACUGAGAAUAUUCCAGAAGAUCAAACAAUGAACAUUCCCGUUGAAGAAGAUACAGAAGCUCAGGAAGAAGUUGAGAACCAAACACAAAUAAAUGAAGUUACAAACAAGAAUUUAGAAGAAGAAGAAAACAAUAAAUACGAAAUGAAUACUCCUGCUAUAGAAGAAGAACCAGCGGACGUUGAUAAGUUAAAUAAAGAUUUAGCCAACUUACUUGAAAAUGUACAAGAUGCUGGCGGGGCAGGACCUAAAGGAAAGGAAGAUAAACAGACGGACAAUGAAAAGGUUUUGACACUUCUAUAUUUAUCUGACGAUGACAAAAAGAGUAAUGGAGGAUUGAGCAUACCAACGGAACAUUUUGAAGACUUAACGAGAAGUAAACAAAACGUUCUAAAUAUAUUACCAGAGAAUGAACUGUAUGCUCUUUUAUCAGAAGUUAUACAGGACGAGGUUGAGAAAAUAAAAGCUGGGGCUUGA